ACAUCAACCUCAUCGUCAACAAUAUAUCAAUCGCCAUCUCACCGCGAGACUCUGGCAAGAUCCUUUCUUUCCUAGAUCUUUUGUCCCGCCUCACGCGAUUCCAUAGAAUUGGAGCGGUGAGUAGCCGAACUCGGGAUUUCUCUCCCUGCGAACAUCCGCAUAUGGCGCGGGAGUAACAAACCACCUUUUUCUGUCUAUUUGACGACCGAGGCAGCUCGGCGGGAAAUUGAAGUUCUCUUCAAUCAUUGAACCAAGCAGGAAGCUUUAUUCACGCCCUUUAUUUACGCCCAUCAUGGAGUAUCUGACCUCUCCCGGAGAUUCCUGUUUUACGCUACCCGAGGCAAAGAAGCUCGCGGGUCGCAUCAGGAAGCUGGGAUACAAAGUCAACGAGAUUCGUGGAGUUUGGAUUCAUUAUACGCAUCUGAAGCAGUCAUCACAGCAUACUCCCGAGAGCACAGAGCAGAAGCUCAACCAACUUCUCCCUGGAGUCUUGACUUCGGAUGCAAAAUCAAUCUUGGCAACACAACCAGGGAGCCUCUCCCAAAUCUACUAUAUCACUCCUCGAAAUAUCUCACCAUGGAGUUCGAAAGCGACUAGUAUCGCCCAUGUCUGUGGUUUGAAGGAACAGGUCCAUCGAAUUGAGAGGGGCCGCGCCGUCCUGGUCAACUUCGUAGAGCCUGUAGAAAGCGACGAUACCUUGUUUAGAGAUGUCAUCUACGAUCGGAUGACCGAAAAUAUCAGCACCGCCGAGCCUGAUCUGACUCAGAUGUUUGCAGAAGGAACACCCUUCCCAUUAGAGGUUAUUGAUCUAUGGGCCGAAGGAUCCACUCCCCUCGAGGUCCUGAAGCUGUACAACACGAAGCGCGGUCUCGCACUGGACCGUCUUGAGAUGGAGUACCUGGUCCAAGCUUAUACUCAAUUGGGUCGACCUCCUUAUGAUAUCGAAUUAUUCAUGUUUGCACAAGUCAACUCCGAGCAUUGUCGGCAUAAGCAAUUCAAUGCAAAUUGGACGAUUGAUGGCUUAGGAAUGGGCCAGAGUCUUUUUGACAUGAUUCGUAACACUCACAAGCAAAACCCAGCCUAUACCGUGUCUGCCUACAGUGACAAUGCGGCUGUUCUUCAGGGAGAGAUGGCAAGCUUCUGGGCACCUGACUAUUCUACGGGAAGCUGGAGACAGACGAAGGAGAAGGUUCAUUUCCUCGCAAAAGUGGAAACACAUAACCACCCAACUGCCAUCUCCCCGUUCCCCGGAGCUGCAACUGGCUCAGGUGGAGAAAUCAGAGACGAAGGUGCUGUAGGGAGAGGUUCCACUCCAAAAGCUGGACUUUGCGGUUUCUGGGUCUCGGACCUUUUGAUCCCGGACCACAAGGAGCCUUGGGAGAUUGAUAUAGGUAAGCCGGCGCACUACGCAAGCAGUCUGGAUAUUAUGCUUGAAGCACCUAUUGGUAGUGCGAGAUUCAACAACGAAUUCGGUCGGCCAUGUUUGACGGGCUGCUUCCGAACACUUUUGGUUGACACGGAUGCUGGGAGCGACGGCCGGGAGAUCCGUGGAUAUCACAAGCCCAUUAUGAUUGCCGGUGGAGUCGGCACUGUUAGACCACAGCACGCAAUUAAAGAUGGACGUGAUGUCAAAGAUGGUGCUCAUGUCAUUGUCCUUGGUGGCCCAGCAAUGCUGAUAGGUCUUGGUGGUGGUGCUGCCUCAAGCAAUGCAUCUGGUGAAGGAUCCGUCGAGCUUGAUUUUGAUAGUGUCCAGAGGGGCAACCCUGAGAUGGAAAGACGAGCACAGAUGGUUAUCAAUGCUUGUGUUGCUUUGGGGGAAAACAAUCCCAUUGCUUUCAUUCAUGAUGUGGGAGCUGGAGGGCUGUCCAAUGCUUUGCCCGAGCUUGUCAAAGAUGCUGGAUAUGGAGGAAACUUUGAGCUCAGACAGGUUGAGAGUGCGGACAGCAGUAUGAGUCCUCUACAGAUAUGGUGUUGCGAGGCUCAAGAACGUUACGUGAUCAUUGUCAAUCAGGAGGGGUUGAACAGAUUCGUCAGUAUUGCGAAUCGCGAACGCUGUGGGUUCUCCGAUGUGGGAGUAGUCCGUGCUAAAACAAGUGACGGUAUGUCGAGACUGAUCGUAACCGAUCGGGACUCCAAAGAAUACCCAGUGCCGAUCGACCUACCUAUGUCGACCCUAUUCCCAAAGGACCGCAAGCUGGACCGAAUUGUCAAGUCGAGAAAACUCAAACUUACGCCAUUUGACGCGCUGAAAUCUCUGCAAGACAGUUAUCCCCAGAUUCCGGAGCAUGAUCUCCUACGGAAGGCCAUUGAGAGAGUUCUUACACUACCCGCUGUUGGGUCCAAAUCUUUCCUCAUCACGAUUGGAGAUCGAUCAGUUGGGGGCAUGACAGUCCGGGAUCAGAUGGUCGGUCCUUGGCAAACACCUGUGGCCGAUGUAGCCGUUACCGCCACUGCAUUGAAUAUUGGAGACAAGAUCAAGACUGGAGAGGCCAUGAGCAUGGGUGAAAAGCCAACCUUGGCUCUUAUCUCACCAGCAGCUUCAGCCAGAAUGGCAGUAGCUGAGAGCUUGAUGAAUUUGGCUGCUGCACAUGUUCUUGGAGACCUUCCUCGCGUCCGGUUAUCAGCGAAUUGGAUGUCAGCUGUCAACCAUCCUGGUGAAGGUGCUGCCUUGUACGAAGCAGUGUUUGCCAUAGGCAUGGAGCUAUGCCCCAGGCUUGGAAUCAGCAUCCCAGUCGGUAAAGACUCGAUGUCGAUGAAAGCCACGUGGAAAGAUCAGAAAUCUGGAGAAGCUAAGGCGGUCACCUCUCCACUGUCGGUUGUAAUUUCGGCCUUUGCACCUGUUGCCAAUGUUCGGAGUACAUGGACACCGACACUUCGUAGACUCGAGGACGUCGGCGAAACAAUCUUGAUGUACGUUGACCUCGCUCAAGGACACAAGGCCUUGGGAGGUUCAGCACUCGCACAGGUAUUUGGACAGCUUGGGGACGAAGCCCCAGAUGUCAGAGACCCUGAUCUCCUGAUCGAUUACUACGAUGCGAUAAUUCAAUUACAUCAAACCGGCGUUGUGCUCGCGUAUCACGAUAUAUCAGAUGGUGGUCUACUGACUACGAUCGCGGAGAUGAUGUUUGCAGGUCGAUGCGGAGCCGAGAUCAUGCUUGAUGGUAUUUCGAAGAGCUCCUCCCCAUCUCAUAUACUCGAGACGCUCUUCAACGAAGAGCUUGGCGCCGUCUUCCAAGUGCGUAAAUCUGAUGAGGUCAAUUUCCUUCGCUGCUUCGCAACCUGUGGCCCACCACCUGGCAUGAUUCGCAAGAUUGGUCGUGUACCUGCGGCCUCCAAACAGCAACUCUCAAUUCGUUAUGGUCAAACCCCAAUCCUGCGCAUGGACCGCUCAGAAUUGCAGCAACUUUGGUCUACCACCUCUCAUCAAAUGCAACGCUUACGAGACAACGUGGGAUGUGCUGAUGCUGAAUUUGAAAACAUUCUGGACAACCACGACCCCGGAUUACAUUACAAGCUGACCUUCGACCCUAAAGAUAACAUCUUCCCAUUCAUGAGCUCAAUAACUAGCACCUUCGCCAAGGCACCCCGCGUCGCGAUCUUACGUGAACAAGGUGUAAACGGCCACGCUGAAAUGGCAUACGCCUUCAAAGUGGCAGGUUUUGACCCCAUCGACGUGCACAUGACUGACAUCAUCGGUGGACGCACGCUGUCUGACUUUGUUGGCAUCGCAGCAUGUGGUGGCUUCUCGUACGGCGAUGUACUGGGUGCCGGCCAAGGCUGGGCUAAAUCGAUUUUGAUGCAUGAGGAAAACGCGAGACCCGAAUUCCAGCGCUUCUUCGCUCGUCCUGAUACCUUCGCGCUCGGUGUUUGCAACGGAUGCCAAAUGCUUACCCGAAUCGCAGAGCUUAUCCCGGGCACUAGUCAUUGGCCUCUCUUCCUCGAGAACAAGUCUCAGCAAUUUGAAGCCCGCGUCUCCAUGGUACGCAUCCAAGACAACUCCAAGUCUCCGUCCGUAUUCUUGCACGGCAUGAACGGCUCAGCACUCCCCAUCGCGGUCUCGCAUGGCGAGGGACGUGCUUCCUUCCGCAGCCAGCAAGAUUUGGAUGCCAUGAAUGCAGAUGGACUCAUUCCAAUUCGGUAUGUGGAGAAUAGGGGAGGUGUCACCACCCGGUAUCCAUUCAAUCCAAAUGGCAGUCCCGAGGGAAUAGCAGGUGUACGAAGUUUGGAUGGCAGGGUCUUGGCACUGAUGCCUCACCCCGAGAGAACCAUCAUGGCAGAUGUGGGAAGUUACAUUCCGCCCGGGAAGCAGGAGGAGUGGGGCGAGUACGGCCCAUGGGUCCGCAUGUUCCGAAGUGCAAGGCGCUGGGUUGGAUGAUGGUUGGACGCGCAG